AUGGUGGCCAAGAUCUACUUCGACCCACCUCUCUGGUUGCAGAGGCAGUCCUGGGUGCUCGGCCAGCUCAGGCAGCAACGCUCCGACUCGGUCGUCGAUGUAGGCUGCUCCAAUGGCGUCCUCCUCUCCGCUCUCAUGCAGCCCGCCUUCCAGCUCGAUCAGUUCCCCGUCCAUCGCUUCCCCGCCCUCGCCUUGCCCGCCAAGUCCAACUCGUCCGCCAACAACGCCACCGCAGACGACGCAGCCAACAACGCCCUCCUCUCCUCUCGCCACUGGAUCUACAGUCCCAACGACAUCGUGCUCAACCGUCUCAUCGGCAUCGAUGUAGAGCGCAACGUCCUCGACAAUGCCAAGUCUAGCCUCUCGCUCCACGGUCUCGCCCUUGCCAAAAACGGCCCGCGCUGGAAGUCGCUCGACGUACGCCUCUUCCUCGGCCCAGUCCAGACCGAAAACGAGACGCUCGACGACUACGAUGCAUUCGUUGCUACUGAAGUAAUCGAACACCUGGACGAGUCCGCGCUGCAGCAGUUCGCCCCCACCGUGUUUGGCAAGUACCGUCCACGCAUCGUGCUCAUCACCACGCCCAACUACUGCUUCAACGACAACUUCGGCCAGGACCUCUCCACGCGUCCCGGCUUCCUCGACCCCACCGGUCGCACUGACCGCGUCUUCCGCCACGAAGACCACAAGUUCGAGUUCACGCCCCAAGAGUUUGCAAACUACUGCCACACCAUCGCCGACGACUUUGGCUACGAGGUGAGCAUCAAGGGCAUCGGCGCCGGCAUCUAUCGCGUGCCCAAGGACCAGAUGGACCCGCCCGUGCCGCCCGAGCAAGGCGGCAAGAUCUGGAAGGCCGCACGUCCACGCACCACCUCCAACGCCGACGAGCGCCUGCGCUAUGCCACCCAGACGGCCAUCUUUGUGCGCCACUCGGCGGCGGCGUCGCGCGCGGCGGAGCGCAGCGAGGACGCCGAGCGCGGCGCACACGUCCAGUCGUCGCAUCCGUUCUCGGACCGCUUUCUGCAGUCGCGUUCGGCGCCCAAGCCACCGGUGGAGACGCGGCUGCACGACAUAUACGACGAGGCCAUCAGCCGCGAUGACGAUGAGAACGAGGAGGACGGCGACGAGCGCGGCCGCUCGGGACGGCGUGCACGCAGCCGCCGAGCCGAGAACCUGCCGUUCCUCAGCAGCCCUUCGCCGCAAACCCCCCUGCUCGGCAGCGUGGUGGAGCAGUUGCAGGCGCAGCAGCUCGAUGCAGGCUCGGCACCCACGACGCCGUUUAGCGGCCACCAGCUCGUGUGGAGUCACCGGUACGAUUGCUCGCUACCGCAGGGCCAGGUGGCCGAGACGGGCAAGCGCCAGCUGCAAACCGCGGUACCCAUGGCCGAGGACGAGAUUGUGGCGCGCAUUGUGGAGAAGCAGCGCCAGCUGUACGUGCAUGCUCAGUGGCACGGUGACGAAGGGGCCGACGCGCGCGCUGGCGAAGAGGCCGUAUCGAAGCUGUGGGAUGUGUGGUCGGACGACGACGUGCGUGCGGCCUGCGCGGGCCGUGUGAAUGUGCUGCUGGAUGCGCUGCACCUCGUCGCGCCCGAUGCGGCCGAGAGCAGCACCCGCCCCACCGGCCUUCCCGUCCCCAGCACGGGAGACGGCAGUGAUCGACGUAGCGUGGUGGUGGGUAGCGAUGCGCGGUGCUGGGAGCUUCGCGUGCAAACCGUCCACCACCAAAACGUUGCCUCAAGUGCCUCGUCGGACUUUGUCGAGUCGGACCUGUGGCUCGCCUACACACACGCCGACGUUGCGCGCUGGCAAGCCGCUGUGGACGAGGCGAGCCACUGGGUGCCACGCGACUUUGCUGCACGUCGCCACACCCGCCGCACCUCCACCACCAACGGCAAGCCCGAGGAUACAUCGAUCAAACCGCUGCGCAACGCGGCGAGUCACAAUCCAUCCUGGGACUAA